AUGAAAUACUGUAGUAAGUAUGCAUUGACAACCAAAUUGUCAAUGCACAUAACUAAAUAAAUGUCAAAGACCUCUGAGGAGUAUGGUGUCUGUGUGCUUCCUAACAGACAGUGUGUUGUCUUAAUCAGGAAAUGAAAGAGACAAAUUUAACAAACAGAGUAGAAAUUAUUGAUGUUACACCAAAAGAAUCUGAAAUAAGUACUGAAGUGAAAAAUCAUAUUGUGUGUGACAUUGAAGGCUGCAAUAAAACAUUCACUAGUGGUGGAUCAUAUCUCUUUCAUAAAAAUAAAUCACACCCUGAACCAAAACAGUCUACUGUUCCUGUUAAACCUGUUAAAAACUCUAAUGUUGUUUACAGAUAUCGAUACUUUUGUCCUCUUGUUGACUGUCGCCACCAUUCAACUAAACAUUUUACUAAGUUAAAAUACUUAAAACAGCAUUAUGGUAAAGUUCAUGGUGAUAAGAAGUAUAAGUGUAGCAUGUGCCAGAAAGGCUUUGCAUUUGAAAGAGAUUUAAACAGACACAAAGAAACAUGUGGUCAAGUAUUUGAAUGUGUUAGUUGUAAAUGUCCAUAUACUACCCCUGAGGCUGUAUUAACACAUUGCAGAAGACAUGGCCACGAACCACCAUCUUCAGCUAAAUCUUCAAGGAGAGGAAAUAAACACCUGGAGAAGAGCAGAAUCAAAGAGAACAGCUCAUCACCAGUACCGAUGAAUCCAUGUUUAAUUGUGAUAAAUCAAUCUAGUCAACCUGUUGUUACUCCAUCACCAUCACCUCAACAUCCUAGAAUAUUACCUAAACCAACCUAUUCUUCAGCAACUAUAGUCCGCGGUUUACCGUCAGCUACCAAUAAUUUACAGUCUUUAUGUAUAGGUCUACCACAAGUUGGAAUUUCUGCAAAAUCAUCCAAGUUAAUCAAUGAUCAAGAUCAAGCAAACAGAAUUAAUAAGGAUGAUUUAACCAGAGAUCAAAGUCCAGUAUGUUCUGUAGCAGAAAUUCAAACUGAUAUUUAUGGUAUUGAAACAUUGACCUCUUUAAACUCUGUGUCAUUAGCUUCUACAGGAACACAGGCUGAUCCUCCUCAAAAACUUUCUUCCACUGGUAUGCAAACAUCAAUGUCUUUUUUACCGAAAAAGACAACUUGUAGUAUUGCUGGUACUCAAACAUCAACAGAGAAUAUUCUAGAUAGAGCAAUUAAAACUGCUAAAAUUCCAACAUCAACUCAGAUACGUAAAGCAUUUAAAAAGAAAACAUGUGAAGUUCAAACCAACACCACAUUUUGUAAUAAAAGACGAAAACGUAAAAUUUGGAAAAAGAUGUCUCAUGUAGGUUGUGGUCCAGAUCCUGUUAUAUCAGAAUUAGUUUUAGACAUUAAUAAUUCCACACAAACAAAUCUAUCAUUCUUUCAUCAGCAGACAAAUUUAUUACAAAAUAUUGAAACUCAAACACCUUAUCAGUCUAUACCAUCUAGCUCACGUUACUUGGAACUUUUACCUGACUAUCAUGUACCUUGCAAAAAACGUCUCCUUGAACAAAAUCUAGAUUUAUUGGCAGAUGCAACAUUGACCAAUUUUAUGCCCAUGAAUAACACCACUAUGACCCCAAGAAGACCUACUUUGGGAGAUCCAUCAUUAGGAUCAACAUUUUCUACAUCAAUGGAUUCUGAAUCUCAAACAGUAACAUCAGCCUCUGAUUUAGACCAUUUACUUCAGUCAGAUACUCAAAAUAACCCUCUUUCCACGGUCAUUGAUAUUCAAACACAAACAGUUGAGGAAGAACUACUGAACUUCUUAAUGAAUAAUAUGGAAACUCAAACCACUGAUGAUCUCUUUCCUGAAGUCGGAUUAUCAGAUAUUGAAACUCAGACUCUGGCAACAGGUCUUACUUAUCCAGGCGAGAUAAAUGUUGGAAAUCGACCACAGAGUGAUAGGAUGAUGUCAAGUACUUCGACUGGAUCUGAUCGAGUGCUUCUAUUUGAACCAUUGGUUACAACUGAGACACAAACAAACGUAAACCAACAUGACUUGACUGAUAUGGAGACUCAAACUACAUUUAAUACAAUAGAUUUCUUUACGAAUUUAACUGAUUCCCAUACCCAAACUACACUCUUUAUGUAGUGAUUACUAUGAAGUAUUGUGUUGAUCCUCUGAUGUGAAAUUCGGCUGUAUCUUUAUUGUGAUUUAUUUAUUAUAUAUUUCUUUAUUGUUAAUUAAAUUACUCUAAUUCCUUA